AUGCAGUCAUCCAAUUCCACAACACUUAUUUCAAAAACGGACCUUCCAGAUGGUGGCUUUGGGGCUUGGGCAACUGCUUUUGGUUGUUUCCUGAUACAAUUUUGUGGCUUCGGAUACAUAUCAUCUCUGGGAGUCUAUCAAGAUUUUUACACACGAAUUUAUCUGACUAACCAAUCGCCAUCUACAAUAUCAUGGAUCGGUGCAUUGGCCUCGUUCCUCGGAGACAAUGUUACCUGGCUCUCAGGUCUUCUGUACGACAGAGGGUGGUUCUAUCGAUUGAUGAUUUUGGGGUCGUCGCUCCAGUCACUGUCAUUGAUCACGUUGUCUUUCGCAAAGCCUGGUCAGUUCUACUUGAUUCUUGUGGUUCAAGGCGCCCUAUCUGGGAUUGGGGUGGGCCUGACUUUUGGUCCCAGCAUGUCGGUCAUCUCUCAGCACUUCUCCAAAAGACGUACACUGGUAAUGUCUCUCGUCGCGUCCGGUGUACCACUGGGUGCCAUUAUUCAUCCCAUCAUGCUCAAUCACCUAUUGAAUGGCACUGUUGGCUUUGCAACAGGCGUCCGCGCCAGUGCAGGUUUUGUCAGUGCUCUGUUACUGAUCGCUUGUUUAUCCAUGCGAACGAGAGCACUGUCAACGUCGACACCGACUGCCAGCUAUAGUACAGUGGCACAAAAAUGCUCUCGUGAGACUCUCUUCAUUCUUAUGACUGCUGGGAUGCUGCUAUGUCAGUUUGGGUUCAACUUCCCUAUUUUCUAUUUACAACUGGACUCUAUCAAACAUGGGAUCGACGUUGAUUUCUCGUUCUACAGCCUUGUGAUCAUGAAUGCUGCCUGCGUUAUCGGACGCUGCACGGCAGGCAUAAUUUCUGGGUAUACGGGGUUGUUGAACUUGGCCCUCGCAUCCAGUGUCAUAUCCGGUGCCCUCAUCAUAUCCAUGAUAGCUUUGAGUAAGGUGUCUAGUGUGAUUGUGAUAGGCGUUACAUAUGGCUACGUUUCUGGAGUUUACAUCGCGCUGACGGUCCCGCUGGUGACUGUGUUGACGCCCGACUUGUCGGAGUUAGGGCUACCUUUGGUGAAUUAUUCAGUGAGUAGUCUUUUCCCGGUCUUUAUCUGUCAAUUGAACUUUUCAGGCGGUCCGAUAUCAGGCGCUUUGCUUUCAUCUCAAUAUAGGUGGUUGACACCGUCGCUCUUCAAUGGUGUGAGUAGUCGUAAACCAUUCUCGCACUUCCCCGGCCGUGCUGAAAUUGUUACCUGCCAUGAUAAGUUCAUCUGCCUUGUCGGCAGUUUGAUGUUUGUGGUAAUGCGCUUGAUAAUACCGCCGAGGAUAAACGGAAGUCAUUCAUAG